CAACAACGCCACCACCUCCAACAUCAACACCACCACCUCCAACAUCAACAACGCCACCACCAACAUCAACAACGCCACCACCUCCAACAUCAACAACGCCACCACCAACAACGCCACCAAGUGAAAAAUGUCCAAACAUGACUGUAGAUAUUGACAACAGCACCUGUUCAAGCUGUCUCGAAGGACUUUUCUGCUACAAGGGAGCCUGCGUGCCUUUGUACGACUGUCCGUGUGUAGUAAAUGGUGCUGCAUAUGAGCACGGAAGUAUUUGGAACGAGUUAUGCAAAACAUGCAUGUGCAUAGAUGGAAACGUUGAAUGCAUAAUGCAAACAUGUCUCGUUACAAGUCAGGAAGGAUGCUCGGUUGGUGAAUAUUACGUAUUGGAAGCGGACAGUUGCUGUGGAAUUUGUAGACCUUGCUGCAAUAACUCACAGUUUAACUGCCACUCGAGCGGAUGUCAAUGCAUCCCAAAUUCCUGGGUGUGCGACGGCACCGAUGACUGCACAGGAGGAGAAGACGAGGACAACUGUGUCACUUCGACCUUGGUCUACUCAACUAGUUCACCACCAGUAACCACCACGGGAGAAAUCACAACCGUUAUAAUCACAACACCUCAGCCCACAACCUACACAACCGAACACACUUUCAGUACAAGUCAACCACCGGUUGGAACGACGACAAGGUGGUCCACAACCACUUCACCGCCAGAGGGCUGCGUUUACAUGGGCGUUUUCUAUCCAGUUAAUGGUUCCUGGCCAAGUGGUGUCAAUGGAUGCGGACAAUGCUACUGUCGUUCACAGGACACAGUCAAGUGUGACUAUUCAAACUGCGAGCAGACGUGCAUUGCUGCAAGUGACCAGCUGAAAACGUUCGAUGAUCAGCAGUACCAAAUCGACUACUGUUCUCAUGUAUUAUCAAAGGAUUGUGCAAAUGGCACCUUUGAAAUAGUAUACGUGCUCAAGUGCAGUGGCGAUGGAAAUAACUGCAGUCCAGCGGUUCACAUUGCAACAAGUGAUACUGUCCUCGUGUUGGAGUCAAUCAAUUAUGUAAUUGUUAAUGAUGUCAGCUAUACAGCGGCACAAAUUCAAAUUAUUGGCCUGCACAUAAAUGCCCUAAAUAUUUCUUAUGUCACUGACAGUCAGAUACUCGUGUCAUCCAGUCUUGGUUUCAAAGUAAUAUGGAAGAAUGGAUAUGAAACGCAAGUUGUGGUCGACGAAAGUCUGAAGGGACGUGUCUGUGGGCUUUGUGGAAAUGCCAAUGGCAACAAGAUGGACGACUUUGUCUUCAGAAACGGCACUGCAGCGGCAAACAUAAGUGACUUUAUAAAGAGCUGGGAGGUUGGUACAAAUCUGUGCAGCAAACCUAAUACAACGUGCUUGGAAUCCAAGGAGGCAAUUGAAAUUUGCAAAGCCAUCUUUUCACCAGUAUUCUUAGAAUGUCAGGGUUGGGUGGAUGCAAACUUGUAUUAUAACCUUUGCCUCACGGACGUCUGCAAAUGCAUUGACGCAAACGCAUCCAUCUCUGCUGCCAGCCAAUGCAAAUGCCCAUCAUUUGCCUCCUACACCCAGCAAUGUAUGAACAAGGGCAAGUGCAUAAAUUGGCGUGUCCCUGUCAACUGUCCAGUCAACUGCAAUAACAACAUGGUGUACAAGGAGUGUGCCUCCGGUUGUCCAAAGACAUGCAGUAACAUCAACGGCCAGCCACAAAACAAUUGUGCUAUACCACUCACAUCUGGUUGCAUGUGUCCCGACGACAAAGUGUGGAACGGUAAUACUUGUGUCGGAAUUGACUCUUGCAAUCCGUGCGUAUGUACCGGCUAUGGCGAUCCUCACUACAUAACAUUCGAUGGAAAAUAUUAUCCAUUCAUGGGGAAUUGUUCAUAUGUGCUUGUGAAUGACACCCUAUCUAAUGACCUCCUUAUAUACGCCACAAAUGAGUACUGCACUGCGUCUACGACAAUGACAUGUACUAAAUCGGUGACAGCGCUCUACAAAGGAAACAACGUUACUUUGCUACUUAACAAGUACAUAAACGCCAACGGCGCUUUACUAAAGCUCCCUCCUUCAAGGGUAAUAGGUAGCGUCAUCUUUGUAGAGCUUGUUGGUCUGAUUGAAGUAUUAACCAUCCCCGAGAUUGGUCUGAAGCUAACAUUCACGCCGAGUAAUAUGGCCUUCCGAAUUGAACUACCCCCAUCAAUUUGGUGGAAUAGAACUGAAGGGUUGUGUGGCAGCUGUGAUGGCAAUCCAAAAGAUGACUUCAUUACCAACAAUGGCAGUCUAGUGAAGGACAGUGACGAGUUUGGAUACAGCUGGGCAAUUUCACCGGACAACAAGACAACUUGCUACCCACAACCACCUCAUCAACCUUGUAACACUACUGACUGCUGUGUCAAUGGAGCUCCAGUCAACAUAUGCAAUGUCAUUUACACCACAGCUUUCAAGGCCUGCCAUCCAUUAGUGAAUCCAGAUGUGUACUACAACUCCUGCAGAUUUGAUGUUUGUAAGCUUGGUGGAAACCAGUCAGCAUGCGCUUCAUUAGAAGAGUAUUCCAAGCAGUGCCUGAAGGUUGGCAUUUGUAUCAAUUGGAGGAACUCUUCACUUUGCCCAUACGAAUGCCCAGCUCCAUACCAAUACCAACCAUGUGCCCCAACUUGUCCAAAGACCUGCGAUAACUACGAAAACUAUCAACCUUCAAAUUGUGAUAGAAUUGAGGGCUGUAUGUGUCCAGAUAAUUACGUAUAUUACAACGGAACAUGCGUAGCACCUUCAAGGUGUCCAAAAUGCAUUGGCAAUGACGGCACAGCAUACGCCCCAGGUGACAAGUGGUAUCCUAAUGGCAACAAAUGCACUGAGUGUGAGUGCAGCACUAUGGCUCCUGGUGGCUCAUAUAGUGCACUUUGCAAAGCAUAUAGUUGCCGUUUUGAAAAUGUCACUUGUGCAGAUGGCCAGAAGAAGCACAGUGUAUUAGACAGUAAUGGUUGCUGCAUGACAGACAUCUGCCUACCCUGCGAAGUGAGCGACUGCAUAAACCCACCGCCCAUACCCACAUGUGACGUUGGCGAGGAGCUUGUCCUGCAAGAAGUAAAGGAAUGCUGCAAGAAAUACAAGUGUCAGUGCGUGCCAUCCUCGUGCCAAAAUGAAGUACCCGUGUGCAAAGCUGACUACAUCCUAAAAGUGAUUAAUCCAUCAGCUUGCUGCAAGAUCUACAACUGUGUAUGCCCUGAAGUUUGUUCCAACAGCUCACAGCCUCCAACAGAUAUCCCAUUCGGCUACAAGGUCAUCAACUUAAAUGAAGGUGGAUGCUGCCCUGUCUAUAGCAUCGUCUGCGACAAAGACAUAUGCAAGAGUGUACCUCCACCCGUGUGUAAUCCUCCUAAAAUUCUUAAUGUCACGGUUGGGUCUUGCUGCAACAAGACUGAGUGUGUUUGCCCUUCAUGCGACCAUGUGGUUGUUCCAGUGUGUGGACAAUACGAGGUGCUGCAGACCACUGCAGGGCCAUGCUGCAAUUCUUAUUCAUGCAUCUGCGAUUCCAGCAAGUGUCCAGUGUAUAAUAUAAGUUGCCAAUCAGUCAACCAGAUGGUGGUGGCUGGUUCGGUAGUGCCAUGCUGUGGGCCAAUUCCGGUAUGCCAAUGUAAACAUUCGUGCGCACCAUCGAAUUGUCCUGAAGGUUCUUUGUCCGUCGUCAAAGGGCAAGACGCCUGUAAUUGUUCAAUUUACGAGUGCCGUCAACGGCAAUGCCUUUUCGAUGGCCAGAUUUAUCCUGUUGACAGCACAUGGGGAGUGGAUGUAUGCACAGUAUGCUUCUGUGAAGAGGUUGAUCAAAACUUCAGAAUACGCUGUGAAGUGGAGAGCUGCGCACCAUGUGGUCUGGGACUUGCAAACUCACCUAUUGCUGGCACCUGCUGUGGAGAAUGUGUGGAGGUGAACUGCACCACUUAUGAUAACGGUGAUAUCAAGAUGUAUCAGCCUGGCGAGCAAUGGAAUCCGGAUUUCGAUUCGUGCACAACCUGCAUUUGCGUGGAGUCUUUGGGUCAAGUGUCUGAGGUCUGCAACACCAUCCGCUGCGAUCCUGUCCCCGACGACUGCAAGCCGGAGAACGUUGUUCAAGAUGGAUGCUGCCUGAAAUGUCUCACACACAACGAGCCAAACAUGACGUGUCAACCUGUUCUGGUAAACGGCAAGAGCACGCCAAUCAGCGCCGAAGGCUGCGUUAGCCACGAGUACGUGGACGUGAUGGAGUGCGCGGGUACCUGCUCGGCCACCACCCUCUACUCUGCCGAGACUGACACUUUCGACCGCCGCUGCGGUUGCUGCGCUCCCGCCCAGACAGAGAAGCGCUCGGUGCAGCUCUUCUGUCCCAAUGGCAGCCAAAAGACGCACAGUUACACUUACGUGCAGUCGUGCUCCUGCCAAUACAGUCAAUGCCCCGAGUGAAAACAGAAAGUGUGACCCGACCGAACGGACUAAACGGACCGACCACAGACCUGAUAUUAGUGUGUUGUCACACGUACAUAGUGUCAACGCUAAUAAAAUAUUAGAUGAAUUUUAAAUAGUAAAAUGACAGUUUUAAGUCCAUGUAGAUGUAUUGAUAUAAAACAGUUGCACGUCAUUACAAAUGUUGCUUUUAGUGUAAUUGUAUGUAGUGUUCCAAAUUACCAAAAAUAAAUGAUAUCCAGCAUUGUUGCAACAUAAUACUUGUCUCUUGAAUGUUUAUUGUCUACGUGUUCACUCUUAAUUACAUAGUAUAAACGACACACGAAAAGAUGAGAAAACAGUUUAAGACACGGCAGAGAAAACA